GCUCACAGAUGAGAAUUGCUCAGUUAACCCUAUUUUGAGUGUAGAUCAGAUCCAGAUCGCUGGAUUCGUUGUGGUGUGAAUGUCGGAAGUUAUGUUGUUUAAUACUAGAAGAUGACUGGUCUGAUUGCUUAAUUAUCUUUUCAAAAUGUAACGACAGUCUGGAGUUCUUGGGGUAUGAAAGAGAAGAUCUGCUUCUUGUUUUGGAAAAUUACACAUUCCCCUAAUUUCUUUUCGUGAAAUCCUCGCACAUUCAACUACCAGACAGUCUUUGAAUUCGAAGUUACGCCCGUGAAUAUAUGGAAGAGUUCUGGUUAAUCGGGAUCGUUCCUGAUGUCUUUUUAUAUUCUCCGGAAUUCGGCGAACUCAUCAGCUCCCCGAGCUUUCAAGAAAAGCCCCAAAAGUGAGGAUGAAGAUGUCUAUGCUACAAGUCCAAAAAGACCUCGCACUUCAGAGGAUUUCUAUCUCUUUUGCAAAUAUAUUUUGGAAUAUGAAGAUUACGAGAACCAGAAAGUUCAAGAUGAAAUGAGAGAGAAAGCUAGUAGCCCCAUAGGUAGCACUGGUAGUGGUGCAGACAGCAUAAAGUCAGAGUCAGCGUCGAGCUCUCAAGAUGACCGUAAGAGCUCUGAUGAUGCGGGUACCUCAGAUGAUGAUUCGUAUGAUGUUAUUACAUGUUAUUGCUCAAAGCCAUUUGCCGGUCGAGCAAUGAUAGAGUGCAAUGAAUGUUUAACCUGGAUUCACCUGUCUUGUGCUAAAAUCAAGAAGAGUAACAUACCUGAAAUUUUCAUUUGUGUGAAGUGUACAAACAAGCAGAAGCAGACAUCUGAGGAAUCAACACACCUCAGUUACAGAUCAAAGAAGCGGAUAACUGUUUAAAAGCUUUGACUUCAACUCUUGUGAUGUGGCAGAUAUGUGUGAUUGAUUAGAUGUAUUUCAAUGUUCAUAUAUAUAUAUAUUUUGAAAAGACUUUUAUAUAUAUAUGGUUAUGUACAGCCUUACCAACAUAUUUCUAUGGAAGAUGAACUUACAUCCGUGUGUGUAGUUUGUUGUGAAUUUGCUCUUAAGUUAUGUUUGCGAAACUGUGGAAUUUGCAGUAGUGUGCUUGUCUCUUACUCAAUAUUGUCUUGCCAACAGUGUUUUAAACUCUGAAACAAUUCUGUAUGGAAAAGACAACCUUUCUUUUGUCUUUUGAAACUCGAGCUCUUUUUGGUUAUAUUUUUAUUAAUCAACUAUAUUUGAAUAUUUUGAAUUUUGACUAAGCCAGAAAUCAACAUAAUGUAAGAGCAAUUUUGUAUGAAGAUUGAUAAAGUUUUAUACUUGUUUUAGUUGAAAAGAAGGGACAUGGAUCAAUAGAAUAUGCUGAAAUAGGAAGUGACUGACAAAUGUUACCAAAUGUUAAGUAAGAAUGCUAGCUGCUAAUUUGCCCUGUACUCGUCAUGCAACAUACGAUUCUUGUCAAGAGAAUUGAGAUUCAUGAUGAAGAUUACGUGGGUUGAGCUUUUUGUUUGUUUUUAAUUAUUUUUUGUUUUUGGUAUGAACUUGGAUACUUAAUGGUAUUGUCCUUACCUAUCAUAGUACUAAUGGUUUGCACAAUAGUGUGAGGUACUUUGGGCCUUACAUUCAUAACUAUCACCAAUCUUAACCUUCACUUUCAUGUGUCAGUAAGCAUAGUGUUAACUGUCAGAUGUUUUUAUUUAUAGCAUUUUGUGCUGUUGACCCUGUUCCCAUGUACUAUGGGAUAUUUGCUCUUUACUCAUUUGUUGAUAUGUGAUAUUGUUGUGAGGACUCCAGCGGACAAGAUAUUUGAAAUUGUGUUAUGGGUACAAUUAUUCUGUAACUAAUGGCUGUCAGGAUUGCUCAUAGGUGUUUUAUCCUCUUUGGCACUGUAUUAAAACACUACAAUUUUUAAAAAUAAAUAAAUGGUUCAGUUGUGCUGAAUGAUGGUAGUUCAUCAUGGUAGCCUAGUUGAAUCAAACAUCUGAAUUGGCCUUUGCAAGUGAUGUAUGUAACAAUUUAAUUAUAUUUCUCACUGUCUACAUUGAUUAUGAUCAAUUGAAUUGAAGCUUACUGGUCACUUGUGUUAAGGGUUAAGUGAGAAAAUGUACCGCAGAUGUGGAGCCAUAUGAUUUUCUUUCUGAUUUCAUAUUUGAUCAAUUUUCAUCUGAUUUUAAAUUUAAAUUGUGGUUCAGUGUACCUUCAUAGUCUAUUACUAUAAAUGAUGUGCCAUAAGUGUUAAACUUGCUAGGAAUUCAUUGUGAUAAGGAAGUCUUCUGAGCUGUGAAUUGGUCCUUAUGUUAGUUUAAAAUUUCCAAAACACAAUGAAUUUGCCUUCAGUGCUUGUUGUUGUAAAGUACAAUCCAAUUUUGGUAAACUAUAGGUUUGUAUUGUUACUUCAUCUCAUAUGGUGCCAAAGUUAUUCUGCUGGUCAUUCUCCCUUAGUUCUGGCUCUUUUUAGUGUGUCACAUCAGCAGCUCUGUAUUAUAGAUCUCAGCACACUUUUCUAGCAGAGCAGGAAGUUUGAUUUAUGUAUUCAACAGUUUCAUUUCCAAUGGAGAUUCCUUUCUCUUUUAUUAUCAACUUGUUUUACCGUUCUUAAUAUUGAUAGGUAAUAAAUUUUAACAAGUUUGAAUUGACAAGCCUUGAGCAUUGUUGUGUUCUUUCCCCUUCUUCUGAGUGCAUCAGUCUUAUUACCUGUUGCUACUAUUUGUUUCCUUGUGCAUUUCAAUGCUCCAUUAUUUGGCCUCUCCUAUGAUAUCUUGCUUGCUCACCUGAUUUGCCAAAUUGCAGUAUCUAAUUCUCACAGCUCCACAGCUUAAAUAUAUUAUGUGACAGUCACUUCCAUAGAGAGACUAUACCGUUUGGUCUUCAAACAGAUCUUUUUAUUGAGUUCUUGCAGUUCAGUCAUCUAUGCUAUAUACUAAUGAACUUGUGCUAGUCUUUCUUAGAGCGUGAGUUCUUUGCCAUAGUGCCUAUUAUUAGUACACCAGUGAGAUGAGUGUAUUUUGUUGAAUCAAUGUACAAAUUUGUUAAUGAAAGGUCUUUAUAAUUUGUAAUAUUUUAAUAUUAGUGUCUUCCAUAAGCUUGAAGAUUCUUUUGUAUAAUACAUUUAGUUCUAUUCUCGUCAAAUAAAACUUGCACUUUCAA